UGAAUUACUUUUAUAAUGUUUAAUUACUUAGCUUUUUCAUAUUUGUAUAUUAGGCAAACAAAAAAAAUGGAUAUAUGGUGGUGAGUGAUGCUCUUUCGACUAUUCUUUGACUAUACACUUUUAGUCCACGAAUGAUAAAUCCACACGUUGCAAAUCCCAUAGCCUCCCUCUCUAUCUCUCACUUUCUAUCAAAUUUAGCUCUUUAAAUGUUCCUCACAUUCUUUGCUUCUUUGUUACUUCUUACACAUUUUCUCACUCUCACAAAUCUCACACACACAGAGUAAACUAACUCUAAAAGCUAUGAACAAACAAAGUUUGAAGAGACUUCAGUUCCGGAGAUGGGGAAAGCGAAUCGGAAGCUCGACGACGGCUUCAGCAACGCUAGGAAACACCGAGGAAAGAACGAUUGUGGCGUUUGCGUUCUCAUGUUGUGGAAAACCACGUGUUCUCGUGAAGCAGUUUGUUUGGAGGCUUAAAUCGCGCUUAAGGUGGUCUCGGAAGAGUGAUCAUAAUAAUAUUCAGUGUAGUUAUGAUCUCCGGAGCUAUCAUCUGAAUUUCGACGACGGUUGGUCUCGCCGACGGUGAUUUUAAUUACAUAGACGUUGCUAUUAUUGUCUAUAUAUGGAGCCUUUUCUUUUCAUAUUUUGUAGUAAAUUAAAUUCUCAAUCUGAAAAGAUGAUUUUUUUUGUUUCGUGUUUUCUUGCAUACAAAAUUGCAAGAUCUUGAUAUUUCUAUUCAUAGGCUUUAACUUUUGAUCCAAAUACAAAUACUUGUCAUAGAAAACAACAUUUGUAUGAGCCUAAUUUAUCUUAGCUUUGUAGUCUUCAUUUUUUCUUGCAACACUAUUAACUCGUUGUGUUUUUCGUUGAUGAUAUAUAUGAUGUUGAUGAAUUGGUAAACCCAUAGAUGACAUAAUAAAUAUAAUUGAUGUGGAAGAAAAAGAUAUCGGAC